GUCGCAGUAAACGGAUUUUUUGAAAGUGUCAACCUUAUCACAGAAACAAUUGAAUUUGCUGGAGAACCGGUCAGUGCUGAAUACAGUCAUUUUUGCUAAAAAUGCCAGAACACACCCCAGCACCUACACCAAGCAGGGCGGUGUAUGGUUUUGCUAUGUAUUUGAGUUUUCGAAGUUUUUUCAUUUUGUAUUUAGUGUGGGCAAUUAUACCUGACGAGUGGUUCAAGGUAGUGGGCAUAACGUGUUUACCCCAACGAUAUUGGGCCGUCACUGUACCAGUUUUCCUUCUUACAGUGCUCGCGAUUUUUGCAUUUUUUAUUUACCCUAGCUUAGGAUUGUUGAUGACACCUAAUGUUGAUGAUUUGAGGACUAUCCGAGACACAACUAGUACUAAAAAGAGAAAAAGUAGAAGUCUCUUUUCUAUGCAAAACUAUGGAACUUGCGGCGAGUGCAGUUGUGUCAACAAGGAAUCGUGUUUGAAAGACGAUUAUCAAAAGAACUGUGGUGAUUAUGUUGUUAAGGCUAUUCCUGUUUUGCAGGAUUUACCUAUCUGGGAGGUUUCAGAUCAUCUGUAUUUUAAAUAAAAGUGCUGUAUAUUGAAAAUCAAA